UGGGUGGCAGUAGAGGGGACUUAUUUUUAUUUCGGGACGAUUCGGUUUGACAGCUCGCCAGCAGGAGGUGAAUAAGCAAGAGCGGCUGGCAACCCAUUCCCAGUCAUCUUUCCUCGCCGUCCAGGGCACUCCAACUCGCCAUGGCUCAGUGUCUGCAGUCCGUGCAGGAGUUUAUUCAAGAUUCUUUCGUACCCAUGGUGGCUGUCUUGUGCAGCGAAGAUGCGGAGAAAGUGACUCGGAAGAACAAUUUGAAUUUCGCCGAACUGGUCCGCCCUUUUUGCCGGCUCACGUCUGAAGGCCACAUGAGGGAUCCCAACAAUCAGGUCCAGGUCAUCAAAAAUUUGAAGAUUAGUGUCACAAAUAUUGUUACACAAGCACCUCAGCCUGCUGCCAUUCGAAAAGUGCUUAAUGAAGUUGUCUUAUUGUGCCAACCCGCAGAAGGUCUUGUAGCCAAUGUGAUUACAGCAGGAGAUUAUGAUCUCAAUAUAAGUGAUCGCUCAGUUAAAGCUAGUGUUCCUUGGUACAAUAGUUGGAAAGAAACACUGACGCAGCUGAACACUUCAAGGUUCUUUACAGCAACCACACCAUGGUUUGAAGCCUACAGAGAAAGCUUCUUUCAGUCUAUGCAAGCAUCAGAGCAUGAAUUUCUUAACCACUACUUGGCUUGCAUGCUUGUAGUUUCAUCUCAUGAAGCACAGCCAUUGGAUCAGUUCCUAAAGCUUUCUCAGGAACAGAACCGCAUUCAGCACAGCAGUGAUUAUGCCUAUCCAAAGUGGUUUAUUCCAAAUACUCUCAAAUACUAUGUGCUGAUACAUGACAUCAGUGAAGAAAAUGAACAAAGGGCUGAUUCUGUUUAUGAGGAGAUGAAGCAAAGAUAUGGAACUCAGGGUUGUUACUUACUUAAAAUUAAUUCUCGAACUUCAUCUGUUGGGUCAGAUGAGCAGAUUCCUGACCCUUGGAGUCAGUAUUUACAGAAAACUGUCUUGCUUAAUCAGGAGCUCUAUGAAGAUGGGGUUGCUAUUGUGAACAGCAAGAAUGCAGAAAACAGUGUCAAUGCACAAGACCUUGACAUGCUUGACCUCUCUGUAAAAGCUGAUGGCAUUCCCAACAAUUUUAAGAUGCAUCCCCUGCAGCUUGACCAUCCCAGUGAUCCGGGUGGAAAUAUCGACACCUUAAAGUCCAACAUGCAUAUACCUGAUGGAAAAAAAACAAAUACCUCCACAAGUCAUGGUGCUUGUUUAACACUUAGUGAUCAUGAUCGGAUACGGCAGUUCAUUAAUGAAUUCACGUUCAGGGGACUGCUUCCGCAUAUUGAAAAGACCAUCCGGCAGCUUAAUGAUCAGCUUGUAUCCCGGAAAGGAAUAAGCAGAUCAUUGCUUUCAGCAACCAAAAAGUGGUUUAGUGGUGGAAAAGUCCCGGAAAAAAGCAUAAAUGAAUUGAAAAACACAGCAGGCCUGUUAUAUCCUCCAGAGGCUCCAGAGCUACAAAUUAGAAAAAUGGCAGAUUUGUGCUUCUUGGUGCAGCAUUAUGAUUUGGCAUAUAGUUACUACCAUACAGCUAAGAAGGACUUCCUAAAUGAUCAAGCACUGCUUUAUGCAGCUGGCGCUUUGGAAAUGGCAGCCGUAUCAGCCUUUUUGCAAUUUGGAGCUCCUCGACCGUACCCAGCUCAUUAUAUGGACACUGCGAUUCAGACCUACAGAGAUGAAUGCAGGAAUAUGGUGCUAGCCGAAAGGUGUGCUUUGCUGAGUGCAGAAAUACUAAAAAGCCAGUCCAAAUAUUCUGAAGCUGCUACACUUUUGAUUCGGAUGACUGGUGAGGAUUCAGACCUACGAAGUGCCCUUUUACUGGAACAAGCUGCCCAUUGUUUCAUCAAUAUGAGAAGUCCAAUGGUUCGCAAGUUUGCAUUUCACAUGAUCCUGGCUGGACACAGGUUUAGUAAAGCUGGGCAGAAAAGACAUGCCUUACGCUGCUACUGCCAAGCAAUGCAAGUAUAUAAAGGAAAAGGUUGGACGCUUGCAGAAGAUCAUAUCAAUUUUACCAUCGGCCGUCAGUCAUUUACACUAAGGCAACUGGACAAUGCAGUUUCAGCCUUUAGGCACAUAUUAAUUAAUGACAGCAAACAAACAGCUGCUCAGCAAGGAGCUUUUUUGAGAGAAUACCUUUAUGUGUACAAGAAUGUAAACCAGUUGUCACCAGAUGGACCUCUUCCACAACUUCCACUUCCUUGUAUACAGAGUUCACAAACUAGAAUAUUCUUUGGGCAUGAUCGGCGACUGGCCGAAGGGGAAAAACAGGCAGCAACACAUGUUAGCUUGGACCAGGAAUUUGAUCGCGAAUUGUCACAACAGUGGAAAGACCUUGAAGAAAAGGUUGUAGCUGUUGCUAAUAAAGGAGUAAUUCCACUCAAUUUCCAACCUGCACAGUACUGCCUAAACAGUCAAACAGACAACCAGAGGUUCCCUUUGGCAGUUGUUGAAGAGCCAAUCAUUGUUGAAGUAAUCUUUAAAAACCCAUUAAAGGUUCCACUUCUUUUAACUGAUCUGUCAUUACUAUGGAAGUUUCACCAAAAAAAUUUCAAUCUGUCUCAUAGUGGGAAAGAAUAUGAACCAAUAAGCAAUGAAAAGGAUGCACAUUUGAAGGAGUUGCAGGGGACAUUCAAAAGUGAAGUCAUGGGCACAGAGGUUAUACCAGAGUUCUACAUGAACAGUGAAGAAACGAAAGUGGCACGCUUAAAGCUCUAUCCUCAUCAGACUGGAGACUUGCAUAUACUUGGUGUUGUUUAUAAUUUGGGCACUGUCACAUCAGUAAAUUCUAUAGAUGGAAUGGACCCUUCAUCGGGGGUUAAAAUGGAAGCAAGUCUGGUUAGCAAUGGCAUGUCUGUUCGUGGUCACCAAGAUUUGGAAAUUCAAGGGCCUCGUCUAAAUAACACUAAGGAAGAGAAGACAUCAGUGAAGCAUGGACCUGAUCGGCGGUUAGAUCCUAUUAUUACACCACCGAUGCCAUUGCUGGAGGUAUUCUUUAUUAAUUUCCCUACUGGACUGUUGUGUGGCGAGAUAAGGAAAGCCUAUGUAGAGUUUGUUAAUGUAAGCAAGGUUCCUCUUACUGGACUGAAGGUUGUAUCAACUCAUCCAGAGUUUUUCACAUUUGGAAGCAAUACAGCAGCACUGACACCACUAAGUCCCACUGCAUCAGAAAACUGCAGUGCAUACAAAACUGUUGUCACAGACAUGUCUUCGGCGUGUAAGGCACUGACUUCUCUUGUGUCACCACAAGACUUUGGAGUAGGUUCUGAGAACUUGCCACAUGGAGUUAUUGACAUUCCUUUGCCCGACUCAGUAUUAAUACCAGGAGCUUCCAUUCAGUUGCCCUUAUGGCUAAGGGGUCCUGAUAAAGAAGGUGUUCAUGAGAUUAAUUUCUUAUUCUAUUAUGAAAACACAGAGAAAAUUUCCAAGAUGAGCCAUAGAGUUCUGAGGCACACUGCAGUGAUUUGUACCAAUCGAUCUCUGAGUGUGAAGGCUGCUGCUUGCCGAAGUAAUGUUUUUCAAGGUGAAAAUGAUGGAAGAAACAGCAGUAUGCUAGUUUUUGUGGAUAUAGAAAACAUUAAUACGAAUGAAGCAGGAGUACGUGAAUUUCACAUUGUCCAGGUGUCCAGUAUUAGCAAACAUUGGAAACUACAGAAAUGUAUAAACCCCUCUGAAGAGAAGGAUACAAAACUCACAAGUCGAGAAAGAGGAAAGCUAUGCUUCAGAGCAACUACAUACAACAGCAGCCAAGUCACCUCUGGUACAUCAGAGAAAUAUACAUUUUCAGAUAUCAUUUUAGGUAAUGAGCAGAUCAUCAGCUCAACUACUCCAUGUGCAGAUUUUUUUUUCAGAAGCUCUCACUUUUCACAGUCAAGGACAACCUGCCUGAAUACAGCCUCAGCCGUACCAAGAUUACAAGCUGACAAUGUGACCAAGCUUAUCCAGCAGUGUAAUGAAGUUAAUUUGAGCAUUAUUGUCUUGUGGAAAGCUUAUGUCGUUGAAGAUAACAAACAACUUAUCUUGGAAGGUCAGCUCCAUGUCAAUCUCCAGGCAAUUGGAAAAGAAGCUUGCUCAGUAUAUCAAAAACAGGAAGCGCAGGAAAUGGUUUUGUUGAAGUUCAUCCGACCAGAAAUACCACCUCUGCCAGCAAGACCAUCAGUAGAGCAACUUUCUUGCCUAAUCAAAACCAGUCUUCAUUACCCAGAGUCUUACGAUCAUCAUUUUCUACAAAAGAGUCUGUGUGUGGUUCCUGUAACUCUUAUGCUUACAAACUGUUCUCAUGGUGAAGUUGAUGUGAUAAUUGAUUUGCGUCACAAAUCCACAAGCCCUGAAGCUCUAGAGGUCCAUGGUUCUUUCACUUGGCUUGGACAGACUCAAUACAAACUUCAGCUUAAAGCUCAGGAAAUUCACAAACUUCAGCUCAAAGCCUGCUUCAUCCAUGCAGGAGUGUAUAAUCUGGGAACACCCCGAGUGUUUGCCAGACUGACUGACCAAGGCUCCAUGUGUGAGACUAGCCAGCAGAACUCUAUGCCAGCAUUGAUCAUCGUUAAUAGCAUUUAAACUUGACAAGAUACUGGAAACGACAAAACUUUUGUACUGCUAAAUAAUUCCUGCAACAGAUAUACUUGUAAAAAUAAUAGAACUUAAAUAAACAUAGCUAUUUUAUUGUCUAUAAUAUCAAGCACUAUGGACUUAAGUGUAUAUGUAAAAUUUUUCUUAAAUAUUUAUCUCAUCUCUACUUAAGUUGACAUUUUUAAAAAAAAAAAGGUUUGGAAAUGUGCAACAAUUGCAGUUUUUCUGCCACGAAAAAAUGUUGUGCACUAAUUCUUAAAUUUAUAGAGGUUUGGUUGUGGUUUAGGAAUUAAAAUGUAAAUGUGACACUUGUCUGCCUGAAGAGUUAGCACAGGACUGCGGUGUCGUCGAGGACAGAAAGCAUAUGUUGUGCAUGAGCUGAGUUGCUCUUUGCAAAUGUGACCAUUAAAGCAGCACUGCUGUAUUUCCGUUGUUGCAUAUUGUUUUAUCCUGUACUCAGAUUUAUGGGGGAGUGGUUGCUGUGAUCAACCAGCCCUGCAUUUUUAACAACCAUAUCAGAAAAUACAUCUGCUAGGAAGAACCAGCCUGAAGUUCCUCCUUAAGGUUUUACUUUUCUUUUGAAUUCACAAGCACAGAAUUUUAAUUCUCUAAACAAAUUAUUUACUAUCCUGUGUAAUUAUAACAUUUCAUUUACUUUGCUGUUAUUUAAAUGUACCUACAUAAAUUUGAAUUGAUGCUUUUCAGAAGAGGAUGUAUUAUAUUUAUAACAAAUGUGCUGUAAAUAGAAUAAAAAAUAA